UCGCCCACGUGACGAUAUCUCUUCGGCCGCGUACAUCUUGUUAUAUCACGUGCCACCAUCAUGGCAUUUCCACCUGCACUCAAUGCAUGCUCCUCAUUUUGGAUCUUAUUCACAUCCAUUAUCUUCCUUCCAUAAAUGGCUUCCUACAGUAGUUCUUUGCAUAUCCUACUCUUCCACUAUCUUGAGACUUUCUCUUUGUGAGUCAGCUUUCCAAUGGAUAUGGGGAGAACCUCUACUUUGAAAAAGGUUCCGCGACAGAGAGCCCCAGGACGCCAUAAGGGUGUUCGAAUGAGGGCUUGGGGUAGAUGGGUUUCCGAAAUCAGGCUUCCAAAAUCCGGGAUCAAGAUAUGGUUCGGCACUUAUGAUGCCCUAGACCAGGCAGCUCGAGCCUACGAUGCUGCUGUGUAUUGCAUUCAUGGUGCUAGUGCAGAGUUCAAUUUUCCAGAAAAUAAAAGGCCAGUGCCCCCUACAAGUUCUGCAGUUCACGUGAAGAUGAAGGAUAUCCAGGCUAUUGCAACAUAUUUUUCUUCAGCUGAUGUAUCAGUCUCUACUCUUGUGUCGUCUACGAUGAUAACCCAGCUGUGCUACUGGAGCAGCUGUUACUUCACCAGAGAACUUACAACUGGAUGAUUUCCUCAUGCUAGACACAGGUUGGAUAGCUGAGUUUUAUUAGGUAUUUAUGCGCAUGUGUGUGCGUGCGCGCGCGCGCGUGUGUUUUCAUAUAUGAAGUCUGGUCAGAUGCUGUCAGUAAUGUAAUCUUAAGAGUCUUUGUCAAUUGCCGUAUUAUAAUGACUAUAUCAGUUGUGCUGUUUUCCCUUUCCAUUCCAUAAACUUUGGGAUUUGUUAAUAACACUCCAAAAUAGUCACGUUGCACCGCGUCCCUACCUUGGUUUUUUGAUCUAGACAGAUUCCCUUCCCCUUUCCCCAUUCCUAAGAAGGAUAUUUGCUUGUUUUUUGAACUGUUGUGUGUUUUUAAUGAAUUGGCUUUUCUUUUCAAGUGUUGGUACAUGAAUAAAUGAUAUGAUGCUUGAGAUGA